GUUUGUUUAGUUCACUGCUCCUUUGGUGGUUGUGUCUGGAAAGCGACAUGGCAGGCCAAUAUGAACUCCUGCUUGAAGGCGCCCAGCAGCUGGUGUUUGUCUGUACAAAAGGAGAAAAAUAUCUCCUAGAGUCUGGCAUGCAAAAUCUGGCAGUGUUAGCAAAUGCCAGUGUGGUGAUUGGCAAAGAUGGCUAUAUAAAGGCAGCAGGAGAUGUGGAUGCCAUUCGCAAGCAAUUUUCAGGCGUGCCUUUUGAAAAGAUAAUUGAUUGUUCAGGCAAAUGCAUCUUACCAGGUCUGGUAGAUGCGCAUACUCAUCCAGUGUGGGCCGGUGACAGGGUUCAUGAGUUUGCCAUGAAGUUGGCAGGCGCUUCCUACAUGGAUAUUCAUCAAGCUGGAGGAGGAAUACAUUUCACAGUAGAGCACACUCGGAAAACUCCAGAAGAUGAGCUCCUCCAACGUUUCAAACAGCGGCUGCUCCGCAUGCUCAGAGGAGGCACUACUUUGGUUGAAUGUAAAAGUGGCUAUGGUUUAAACCUCGAAACAGAAAUUAAGAUGCUCAGAGUGAUCGAAAGGGCUAGGCAAGAACUGGACAUUGGUGUAUCUUCUACUUACUGCGGAGCUCAUUCUGUUCCAAAGGACAAAAAUACCCUUGAAGCCACUGAUGACAUUAUCAACAUCCACCUUCCCAAACUGAAGGAACUUGACCUUAAUGACGAAAUACAUGUUGACAAUAUAGAUGUUUUCUGUGAGAAGGGUGUCUUUGAUUUGAAUUCUACCCGAAGAAUUCUUCAGGCUGGGAAAGAUAUAGGGUUACAGAUUAACUUCCAUGGGGAUGAGCUCCAUCCAAUGAAAAGUGCAGAGCUUGGAGCUGAACUAGGAGCCCAGGCUAUAAGUCAUCUCGAAGAAAUUAGCGAUGAAGGUAUUACAGCAAUGGCCCAAGCAAAGUGUGCAGCUGUCCUGUUGCCAACCACAGCAUAUAUGCUGAGAUUAAAACAGCCUCAGGCUAGAAAAAUGUUAAAAGAAGGAGUUAUUGUUGCUCUUGGCAGUGACUUCAACCCUAAUGCUUAUUGUUGUUCAAUGCCCAUGGUAAUGCAUCUGGCCUGCGUAAACAUGAAGAUGUCCAUGAAGGAAGCUUUAGCAGCUGCUACCAUCAAUGCUGCUUAUGCCCUUGGGAGAUCCAACACUCAUGGCUCCGUAGAGGUUGGCAAACAAGGAGAUCUCCUUAUCAUUAAUUCAUCAAGAUGGGAACAUUUGAUAUACCAGUUCGGAGGCCAUCAAGAACUGAUUGAGUAUGUAAUUGUGAAAGGAAAAGUUGUCUAUAAAAACAGCAACAUUCUGGACUACUAGGGACUUAACUGUAAGCCUGGUUACAGCCAAGUGAUACUAAGAGAUAUCAAGAGAAGCCCAUAUUUGUAUUGUAUAAAUUUUUGAUAACUGGUUGCCCAGCACUGUGUCACCAGUGCUCAUUCUGGAUAAUUCACCCAUGGUAUUUCUGAGUGAGAAAGUCACCUGCUUGACAAAAUGUCAUCAGCUCAUUGACAGAACCUUGAGAGCACAGACAGAAUGAUCAACUGGCCUCAUAUUUUAAGGAAAACAUACCGUCCCUUCUCCUUUGCCUAGUGGACAAGGCGCAGUACCUGAGUAGCUGCUUUUCUACUUGUUUGUAUUCAUGACAUGAGACCAUGUAAACCUUAAUCUUCUGUCUGAUGUAAAAUAAACCUGCAUGUAUACCAAAA